ACCGCUGCUCAUUGGUUGAUCCAAGCUGUCCGUCAAAUGUUCACACCAGAGCUGCUGCCUCCUCCUGAUUUUACUGCGGGGCGAGCGAGACUGGUCGCUGCUCUGGUAAGGUGUCCCGUUGCAAGUCCAGCACCGAAGAAUGUGACUAAACCUUGCCGCACAUCAACAACAACACACAUCAAGUCUCCAUAUCAGAAGGAUGGACGCGCAGGACCAGGAGACUCUGGGCAGGUGGGACGGCCUGGCCAGCCGGGACGCCGGCUCCAGGGCGGCCGCCAUGGAGCACAUUCGCCAAGAGGUCAUGAGGAAGGCGGAGGCAAUCGGGCCCGUGCCGCCGUCCUCGCCCCCGCCGGCGUGCGGGUCCCCGCCGAGCAGCGACCUGAACGCCGUCCUGGCCCACCUGCUCAUGCUCACCAAGCGGUGUCCUUUCGAAGACGUGAGGGAGCGAUGCCUCCGGCUUUUGCAGACCGUCCAGGAUCUGGGAGUGCGAAUCCCAAGACCCCUGGGCAACGGGCCAAGUCGAUUCAUCCCUGAAAAAGAGAUUCUUCAAGUCAGUAAAGUGGACACCAGGACACAGUCGAUAUUUGAGGAUGCGUUCGCCGCCCUCGGCCGCCUGGACAACAUCUCCCUGGUGAUGGGCUUCCACCCGCAGUACCUGGAGAGCUUCCUGCGGACGCAGCACUACCUGCUGCAGAUGGACGGGCCGCUGUCGCUGCACUACCGCCACUACGUCGGCAUCAUGGCGGCGGCCCGACACCAGUGCUCCUAUCUGGUCAACCUGCACGUCAACGACUUCCUGCAGGUGGGAGGGGACCCCAAGUGGCUCAACGGGCUGGACGGAGCCCCGCGAAAGCUGCAGCAGCUGGGCGAGCUCAACAAAAUCCUGGCCCACCGACCCUGGCUGCUCACCAAGGAGCACAUCGAGGGUCUCCUAAAGGCCGAGGAGCACAGCUGGUCCCUGGCCGAGCUCAUCCACGCCGUGGUCCUCCUGACGCACUACCACUCCCUGGCCUCGUUCACCUUCGGCUGCGGCAUCAUGCCCGAGAUCCACUGCGACGGCGGCCACACCUUCCGCCCGCCCUCGCUCGGCCACUACUGCGUGUGCGACAUCGCCAACGGCAACAGCCACCACGACAGUCCCUUCGGCGGCCAGGUGAGAGCGACGGCGAGCCGCCAAGGUUUGAAGCGGCAAACGGAACGUCUUCCAACGCCGUACGUUGUCCAGGAGGCGUGCGGCGGCGAGGUGGAGGUGCUGAUGGAGCGCAUGAAGCAGCUGCAGGAGUGCCGCGACGACGAGGAGGCCAGCCAGGAGGAGAUGGCCACGCGCUUCGAGCGGGAGAAGACGGAGAGCAUGCUGGUGGUGACGGCCGAGGACGAGGAGUGGGUGCCGUCGCGCGACAUCUCGCGGCACUUCGAGGACCCCAGCUACGGCUACAAGGAUUUCUCCAGGCGGGGCGAGCACGUGCCCACUUUUAGAGUGCAGGACUACAGCUGGGAGGACCACGGCUACUCCCUGGUGAACCGUCUGUACCCCGACGUUGGCCAGAUGCUGGACGAGAAGUUCCAGAUGGCGUACAACCUGACGUACAACACCAUGGCCACGCACAAAGACGUGGACACCAGCAUGCUGCGCAGAGCAAUCUGGAACUACAUACACUGCAUGUUCGGCAUCAGGUAUGACGACUACGACUACGGCGAGAUCAACCAGCUGCUGGACCGCAGCUUCAAGAUCUACAUCAAGACGAUGGUGUGCAGCCCCGAGAAGACCACCAAGCGAAUGUACGAGAGCUUCUGGAGGCAGUUCCAGCACUCCGAGAAGGUCCACGUUAAUCUGCUUCUUAUGGAAGCGCGAAUGCAAGCCGAACUGUUAUACGCUCUGAGAGCCAUCACUCGCUACAUGACAUGAAGUGUUUUUUUUUUUUUUUUUUUUAAUUAUAUUCUAGUUUUUAUGACAUGUCAUCGUUGGGACUUUUCAAGAGAUCAUUUUUUGGGGAGUGAGGAGCUGGAUGAAAGAUCAGAACAAAGAGGCAAUGAAUCCUUUUUCCCUUUUUUUUUUCUUCAAGACUGCAGUGCCAAAAGUGACCAGAAGUAGGCAGCAUCAGGCUUAAAAAAAAAUUAGCACUGACAGCAUGUUGAGGAUUUUUCAGUAUUCCAGCAACAUCCCCAUUAUUAGUUUUCUUAUUUUUGUCAUCCUUUUUUUUUUUCAUAUCUUGUUUUGAUUUCAAUCAUCAGAAUUUUGGGGCCCGUACGCGUGUGUGUGUGUGACUGAACUACAGAGCGCAGUGUGGGUAUACAUGAUGAUGAUGAUGAUGCUGCUGAUCCGUGUUGUAUUCAGCGGGGACAGAGGUCAUAUUGACCCCCCCCCCUCGCCUCCCCCCGCUCCCUUAAAAAAUUUCCCCAUCCACUGCAUUAUUCUCAAAUGUCCGUGUAAGCUAAUUCAAGGAGUGCGCGCAAACUUAGGGAACACUGAGCCCGACGUGAGUUGUGUGUGUGUGCAAAAUUGUAAUUAUUAUCAAAAUGAUUAUUAAUCAUUUCACGUCACCGUCGGAGACUUCUUGCUUCUGCCGCCGUGGCCGUUGUUUUGACAUAACUGUUUAUCGACGGUGAAAUUGUUCUUCGUUUAAAGGGGCUUUUGGAGGAACUGAAAGAGGUUCUGGGGAGGGGGGGGGGGCUGGGCUGGCAGCAAUUGGUCUUGGCAACACACACACACACACUGCUCGCUGUCUUCCAUGUUAUCCCGACCGCCCGUUCGCCCCCUUUUUUGGAAGGCUGUGAAUUUUACCAGUAAAAUAAAUACCUCUUCUAUCUCCAUUAAAAUUGUAUCGCUGUGAAAAAAAAAAAAAAAAAGCAUGUGCAGUUGGUACUUUGACGACAGGGAGGAAAAUAUGAAUUUGAACACCCCGCAAGUUUGAAAUCAUGGAGGAGUUUGAAGUUUUCAUCUAUGGUGCAUGUCCACUGUGCGAGACAUCCAUCCAUUUUCCUCACCGUUUAUCCUCACGAGGGUCACGGGGAGUGCACGGGGGAGUACAUGCAAACUCCACACAGGCGGGGCCGGGAUUGAACCCGGGUCCUCAGAAGUGUGAGGCCAACGCUUUACCGGCUGACUCCACCGUGCCGCCUUGUGAGAGACUAGCUAAAAAAUUAAAAAAAAACAUCCCCCACAGGCAUGAUGUCUCUACCCCCAUGAUUCACAGUAGGGACGGUGUUCCCCAUUCUUCCUCAACACAUAUCGAGUGGGAUUAAGACCCAAAAGUUCUAUUUUGGUCUCAUGUGAUCCACAUCAAUUUAUCUCACGACUCCUCCGGAUCACCCAAAUGGUCAUCCGCACAUUUAAGACGGGCCUGGACCUGUGCGGGGGAACUUUUCCGUGCCGUGCGUGAUUUUUAAAUCACGACGUGUUCAAAUACUUUUGCUCCCUGUAGCUCAAAUCAACGUACCACUGUAUCAUCUCUAAAUCAUUUUUUGUUGUUGUUGUUGUCGUCAGAGGGCGACCGUUAAAGAAGUGCUCUUUGGUGAGCAGAUGUUUUUUUGUUUGUUUUUACUUUUUUCCUCCCCGGGUGGCCACGUUCCCGUUCGCUUCGGGGACGACGCCGGCCCCCCCUCCGCCAUCAGGCCGAUUUGCGUUCAAUCGGAUCGCAAACGGUUGUAGCUGUGCUUAUUGAAGCCGAACUAGUGCAAAAAAAAAAAAAAAAAACAAAAGGAAAAAAAAAAGCUUUUGUUUUAUUGAAAGUUUUGUUGAUUUAUAAAAAGCAGCAAAGCGCUGCGUCGUUGUUCUCGUGAGGGCGGAUUAAGACAAGCGAUGGCGCGGAGGUUUCGACAUAAAGAAUGGUACCAUUGGAAGUGAGUCGGAAGAACGCGAAAGAGCUUUUUGGGGUUUUUCAAAGCUUCUGACUGACGUCAGUUACUGACACUUUUUUUUUUUGUUUGUUUUGUAGAAAAUACGGUGAGAAAAAAAAAAUGAAAAGAUGAUAUUGAAUCGUUGUGUAUCCUUUGUAGCGUCGUCUCGUCCUAAACUUUUCGGUUAUAUCGAGUCGUCCGUCUCGGCGGGACGGCAAACUAACACUGAUCGAACGUGCGACGCCUCCGUUCCGACACAUCUUUUAGAACUGGAGCUUGUCCCGCUUGCCUUUAUGUUACACUAGGAAAUUAAAACAUAAAAAAAAAAAAUAAUAAUAAUAAUAACAACAAUACUGGGAAAGGCUGCUGAAUUCGAUUUGCGGCCCGAUCUGAUUGUGUGUUCUGACAUCACCAGCACGGAUCACCGACCCCCUACAAAGUGUAUUCACAUCUCAGUUAGGAUUUUAAAAAUUAAAAAAAAAAAAAAAAGCCGGCUAAUAUUUUGUAUCAUGAGUAAUGUUUUGAUGAGAUGUAAAGGUUGUUUUUAAUCUUGAUACAUGAAGUGCUGUUUUCCUGAUUUGUGUUGAUGUAACAACCACGUGACUUUGAAAAAUGCUGUACUCCGGGCGACUUGUAAGCACCCCCCAGUGUCUGUGUAACAUGAAAAAAAAAAAAUGACAAUAAUAAUAAAAGGUUUUGAGGCGACAACA